AUGACCGAGCAGGUGACGCAAAAGAUGGCCGACUCGUCGCUCGAGGCCACCGUGGAUGCGGCCACCGAGCAAAAAGUCACGCCCUGGGACGUCGAGGGCGCCACCGUCAACGGCCAGCAGGUCGCCAUCGACUACGACAAGCUCAUCAAGGAGUUUGGAACGAGGCAGAUCGACCAGCAGCUCCUCGACCGCUUCGAGAGCGUCACGGGCUGGAAGCCCCACCCGCUCCUCCGCCGCGGCGCCUUUUUCAGCCACCGCGAGCUCGACGUCAUCCUCACCCGCUACGAGCAGGGAAAGCCCUUCUACCUCUAUACCGGCCGCGGACCCAGCUCCGACUCGAUGCAUCUCGGCCACCUCAUCCCCUUCCUCUUUACAAAGUGGCUCCAGGACGUCUUUGACUGCCCCCUCGUCGUACAGCUCACCGACGACGAAAAGUUCCUCUUCAAGCCUGCACUCAAGCUCGAGCAGGUCAAGCAGUUCUCGUUUACCAACGCCCGCGACAUCAUUGCCUGCGGCUUCAACCUCGAAAAGACCUUCAUCUUCUCCAACCUCGACUACGUCGGCGGCGCCUUUUACGCCAACGUCGUCCGCAUCUCGAGGCUCAUCACCAUCAACCAGUCCAAGGGCACCUUUGGUUUCAACGACAGCGACAGCGUCGGCAAGGUCCACUUUGUCUCGAUCCAGGCCGCACCGUCGUUUUCCAACUCGUUCCCGCAGAUAUUCGGCGACAAGCACGACAUCCCCUGCCUGAUUCCGUGCGCCAUCGACCAGGACCCCUACUUCCGGCAGACGCGCGACGUGGCCGCGCGCCUAAAGUACCCCAAGCCGUGCCUGAUCCACUCCAAGUUCUUCCCGGCGCUCCAGGGCAGCCAGACCAAGAUGAGCGCCAGCCAGGAAAACAGCGGCAUCUUCAUGCACGACACGCCCAACCAGAUCAAGAACAAGAUCAACAAGCACGCCUUUAGCGGCGGGCAGGAGACGGCAGAGGAGCAGCGCAAGCUCGGCGGCAACCCGGACGUCGACGUGGCGUUCCAGUACCUCACCUUCUUCCUCGACGACGACGAGGAGCUCAAGCAGAUCGAGCGCGACUACCGCUCGGGCGCCCUCUUGACCGGAGAGCUCAAGAAGCGCUGCAUCACGGUGCUUCAGAAGGUGGUCGGCAACUUCCAGGAGCGAAAGGCAAAGGUGACGGACGACGUGGUGCGCCAGUUUAUGGACGGGACGAGGAAGAUUGACCCCGCCGUCCCGCCGGCCAAGUCGACGGUGCACAAGCAGCAGCAGACGGCCCAGGAGACGACGGUCUCUUCGACCCAGGCAUAG